AUGAAAAUGCAGAGUAAAUCGUCAUCAUUACAAUCAGAGCAUCUUUCUGGUUCUCGCCAUCAACAUCGUAAUCAUUACAUACAUCAUAAACAUGGAGAACACUUUGUUAGAUUACCGUAUUACAUUUUAUUAGUAGCGUUAUUCUUAUCUUUAUACUUUCUAGCAACAUCUCUUAUCAUGGAUGAUAAUUUAUUUGCAAAAAAUCAAUCAGCUAAAGAUUUAGCUCAACAAAUAUUCAGUAUACUUGCAAUAGGAACAAUUCUAAUUGCAAUGAUAAUUGAUGUGAUACAAUUUUUUAUAAUUAAUAAAUAUCAAAAAUUAUGUACAAAAUGUUUAUUUGGUCUCAUAAUUCUAAGUUUUAUUUUAGCAAUGACUGCAGCAACAUUGGCUAAUAUUAAUUCUCAGUUUUAUGGAACCAGAAAAAUACCUCAUCCAUCAACAUGUUUAUUAGCUGGAAGUGCAAUUACUUUCCUAACAUUUUUAAUUGCAAUUGUUCCUUGUCUUGAACGACAAUUAGAUUAAUUACAAUUAUUAAAAUUGAUGAUUAAUUUUGCAUAAAAAACAGAAGCAGAUUUUAUUUUCUACACUAAAUACCAUAUAUUCAAAAAAUAUAAAUGAUUUAAUCAAAAAAAUAAUUGUUAAUUACUCUAGAGCACUUGUGAAGAUUAUCGACUUUUAAGCCAACAUCAUCGACUGAACCUAGUAAGAUAACUAUUGAAAAUUGAUAAAAACUAGCUAGCUGUUUCGCCUUAUUACGAAACUCCUCGAUAGGGCGUAUCGACGUCUUUGCCUUGGAUAAAACUUGGGAUCUUCUGAACUCUCAGCGAGUACUUAACCUGUAGACCGUUUGGCC